CACAUCAAUGUUCUGCAUCAGUUCUCGUACAGACUUGAUACCGAGUACAUCAAAUACUCGACUACAAAAUUAUUAUUAUAUAAAUAAUAAUACAGCAAUUGUUCGCGAGUUAAAGAAAUAUUUACUCUAUUCAACAUGAGAUUGAAUUCAAUAAUUCCAAAUUUCCAAGCCGACACCACUAAAGGUCCCAUUGACUUUUAUGAGUGGCAAGGAGACUCCUGGGUAAUAAUAUUUUCACAUCCGGCUGAUUUUACGCCCGUAUGUACGACAGAACUUGGACGUAUCGCUGUCCAUUAUCCUCAUUUUAAAAAGCGCAAUGUUAAAUUACUGGCACAUUCUGUUGAUAAACUCAAGGAUCACGUUGAUUGGGUCAAUGAUAUUAAAUCAUAUUGCCAAGAUAUUCCCGGAGAUUUUCCGUACCCAAUAAUUGCUGAUGACGACCGUAAUUUGGCUGUUAAAUUAGACAUGAUCGAUGAAGAAUCUAAAGAUGAUCCUGAAAACGCGAUAACUGUACGCGCGCUUUAUAUUGUAAGUCCCGAUCAUCGUUUACGUUUGAGUAUGCAGUAUCCUACUUCAACUGGUCGUAAUGUCGACGAAAUUCUACGUGUCAUCGAUUCAUUGCAACUCGUAGAUCGUAAGCCGCAAAUUGCAACCCCGGCUAAUUGGACUCCUGGAGAAAAAGUUAUGAUACUACCGACAGUUGAUGAUAUUGAAUUAUCAUCAUUAUUUCCCGGGGGUGUUGAUAAAGUUUUGAUGCCUUCUGGUAAAGUUUACGUCCGUACUACAACCGAUUAUUAAUUUAUUUAUUUUCCUUCAUUUUUAAAAAAUUUAUUAUUUAGUCUGUUUUUUUUUUUAAUCCUUUAAAAUUAAUAUUUUCUUAUAAAAUUAAUUAACACGACGCCGUAAGAUGGAGUAAAUUUAUCAAGGUCAUCAAUUGACGAUAAUCGACCAGUCUAAGACGUAACUCAGUGAAACCCGAAAGAAUUUUUCAUACAAAAAGUGUGAGGUUUCGUACCUAAGAUUCGUCCCAUCGCCGCUUUGAAUUUUAUUUGGUUUAAAAAUUUGCAUUUUCAAUUGACCGAACAUGGAAUUGCCCGAGGUCUAAUAAUAUAUACCUUAAAAAAAAAAGUGACGACAAUCUAAAGUUCCAGGUUCGAAUCCUGGCAGCGCCAUUUUUUUAUUUUUAAAAAUAUUAAUAAAUAAUAAUUAUCUUUAAAUUUUUAAAUGAAAUUAAAAAUAAUUUUUUAUUUUCCAUAGAUAACUAAUUUUAAAAAAAUGUAUACUACUUAUGUAAUUUGAAUUUGAAUAAAUAGUUAAAAUAAUAACUUACAA